UGAGAAGGUGUAGCCUCAGUUUUUACUGUGUGCUCAAUGUGUUUCCACUUUUCUGUUAACAAUGGCUUAUACCUAGAAAUGCCUGAGGAAGAAAGGCAGUCAGGCCGUGUUCUUCCUACAAGUCUGGAAUCAGAGAAUUUGAAGAAGAGCAAUUGGGGGUUCUUGCUUACUGGGAUCAUUGGUGGUGCCCUGGUGACAGUGUAUGCUGUAGCCACACCAUUCAUCACACCGGCCCUCCGCAAGGUUUGUUUGCCGUUUGUGCCUGCAACUUCCAAGCAGAUUGAAAAUGUCGUGAAGAUGUUGCAGCACCGAAGAGGAUCCCUGGUGGACAUCGGCAGUGGCGAUGGGCGGAUUGUGAUCGCAGCUGCAAAGGAAGGAUUCCCAGCUGUGGGCUAUGAACUGAAUCCAUGGCUGGUUUGGUACUCCAGAUACCGUGCCUGGAGGGAAGGUGUGCAUGGCUCUGCCAAGUUUUAUAUUUCAGAUUUGUGGAAGGUCACCUUUGCACAGUACUCCAAUGUUGUUAUUUUUGGUGUGCCUCAGAUGAUGCCACAGCUGGAGAAGAAACUUGAGCUUGAACUUGAGGACAAUGCUAGAGUUAUUGCCUGCCGAUUCCCUUUCCCACACUGGACUCCAGACUACACUGCUGGAGAGGGCAUUGACACUGUGUGGGCAUAUGACAUGAGCGCUUUCAGAGGACGGGGUAAGAGGGCCAGAGCAUGCAUGCAUCAUCCAGCAGAGCUUCACGGAGACAGCUGAGAAGUGCACGUCUUCAUGCCCUAGAUGCAGCUGCUGCCGCAGAGCCAUCUCUCCUUGACACCGAACAAGAAGUCACCACACUUUCCUUUCCUCUUGGAGAAAACGAACAGAAGCUCAGAAAAACACUGAGGUUUAUUUAAAAUCUGCUGCUUUUUAAAGGGCAGUUUCACGUAGCCUGGCUUGGCUUUGAGUUGGCUGAGGAUGACCUUGAACUUGAGAUACGUCCUCAGUAAAAUCUGCUCCUAGUGGACUAUUCUGGAUGGGUUUACUGCAUUUCUGUACUUGAGGAUGCAUGAAGAUAUAAAUAGACUGUUUGGGUCAGAAGGUUGUCAUCUCAGCAGCGUGUUUUAAUGCCAUGGAAGAAGAGGGAGGGGCCCUUAGGCAGACGUCUGCAGUUUCCUAUAGCUUUGUUCAUAAGUGAGACUCAUCUCCUUUCUGUAGUUGGUAGCUAAGUUAAUUACUUAUCUAAAAUAUUUAGAGUGACAUAUUUUUCCCCUAAGGCUGUUGGCUUACUGUACUGUAUUGAGUGAACAUGUAUAUGUACAUAUACAACUCUGUGUAAAUGGACUAUGUAACAUGCAUGUUUUAACAUUGGGGAAAUGGUGACAAGUUGCAUUUGGCUUUAGUUGACAGUGUUACGUGUUUUGGUUACAACUGUCUUACAUCUGUAGAUUUGAUGAGGCUUUUAAAGAGCCUUGGCUCAGGGAGAUGUCAGUAAGGGCUUAACAGUGAGUGACUGUGAGCUCUCUCUGGGGCCUGUGCAUCAGUUAGUAAUAGCGUAACAGUAGCCUUUAACCCCAGUACUUGGAAGGCAGAGGCAGGUAAAUCUCUAUGAGGUCAAGGCCAGCCUGGUCUACAAGUUGAGUUCCCGGACAGCCAGGGCUGUUACAGAGAGAAACUCUGUCUCAAAAAACCAACUAACCAACCAACCAACCAACCAACCAACCAACCAACCAACCAACCAACCAACCAACCAAGCAACUAAGCAAGCAACCAAGCAAACAAACCAGUGAGUGGCUGAGCUUUGGAAUCUGAGCUGAGGUUCUGUUUUGAGCAGGAGGCCUUAGGCAGUGACUGACUGUCUCUGAGCCUUGCAGCCUGCUACCAGGACAGUGAACAUGGGUCUGGGGAUCAGUUUUUAAACUUAAUGCACAGUCUUUGGUCUGCCAAUGGUGUUUAUGUUAUAGACUCUGAGGGAAAGCCUAUGUAGGGAAGUCACAGAUUUUUUUUUUUUGCUAGUCACUUCUCUUAUGAGAAUAGACAUUUAUUUAACAUUUCUCAUUUAUGAGAAGAGACUUGACUGGUUUAGAUAGAAGACAAGUAAAGGAAAACCUUUGAAUGUGAGUAGACAGGCUGUAUAGAUCUGAAAAAUGAGUAUCAACUGGUGGCAUGGCGGUUCAACUCAUCUGUUUGUCUCAGAGAAAAGAUCAAGCUGCACUCCUACACUGGGACCUAAAUACCAAGCUGUUCUGAUGGGAAUUUAAUUUUAAAAGAUGUUUGACUAUUUAGCUAAACUGAUCAGAAUAGGAACAUCUUAUAGUUUCCUUGAGAGGACCAACUGGGGACACAUGCAUUCUGUCACACAUUCAUCACACACAUGUCUGCUGGUUCAUGAUGGAAAGACAUUGCUGAUUCCGACCUCCACAAGUUCUGGAGAAUACAGAGACAGAGAGCAAUUGUUAGGGUGUGUAAGGUUUUCUGAUGAAAUAGAAGCUUUGUGUAUUUGUGAGGAGCACACAGAGGGUGUGGGCAUUAAAUAAUUUGUUGACUA